ACCUAACUGAUGCUCAAAUCGAACUGUACAGUUUGCUAAGUUCGUUUGGUAUGUCCGAAGACAGUGUGAAUCAGUUUCUAGAUAACGGAUACGAUUCACAUUCCUUGGAGAUUAUUGAACGUCCAGAGUUGGAAACUUUGCUGCCGCCUCCUUAUUUAGCAGACCGGUCCAAAUGUAUCACUGGUCUCAACGGCUGGCGAAAGCAUAAAGGAAGUUUAUGAAUGAUUGACGAACUGAUUUAUAAUACUAAUGUUUAUUUUUCAGGGACUUCCUCCAAUAACGAAGCCACUGAGUAUCAUCGACCAGAACAUCCCUUCAACAAGCAGAACAAGAGGAGACUAUACAGCAAAGUACCUGCUUCUACAAUCCGACAAGGGGCGCGCAAUCAUUCAAACAUACAACAAAACAAGACUCCUUUCAAGAGAUGCUAAAAAAACAGUAACUCAAAUAGUGGUUGACGAAUUUCAGGAUAAGUUCGGCACAUUAUCAUCAUUAGAGUUGUCUCAGCGUUCUCAAGAACUUUUUGAAAUCUUUCCUACAGAAUCCCAGUUUUCUUGGUAUCGACCAACGUUUACCACUGACGCACAAGGGAAACGAUUACGCCAGGGAAAAUACCCAACCGGUUCACUGUAUUACCGAAACAACAACUACAAGGCUAAAUACACAAAACCCGGACAAAGUUAUCUCGAAUCUACUACAGUAAAAGGAUUUUCUACAAAGUUGUCAGCGGAGGAGGUUGCAUUCACUCCAGCAGCAGAACAAGAAUUUAAAGAGUUGAAGUCAUGGUUACGAUUGGGAUCAGCUGAAGCAAAAGUGGGAGGCUUCAAGUGUUUAUCGCUUGAACGAAGCAUAUCGACGAAAUUUUUCAAUUGAGGACCUUAUAAGAGAAUAUCCACCACUUCGUAAUCCAAAAGGUUAUGUGCUUGUUCAAGCGGAUUUUUAGUUCAAAUAUCCAGACGCAACAGAUAUUUUAUUCGCAAAAUGGGAUGCUUUUCGGCGCGAUAUCUGUGAUAUUUUUGAAGCGGACAUUGCGGAUACUGCAGGACGAGUUCUUUUGAAUCAUAUUCUCAAUGACAAGUUGUCUGACAGCACAAAAUUGACCGAUGACUGUCGUGAUUGCUUAACGAUCGUAUAUUAACAGUUUUUUUUGCUCCCUACAAUAUCAGUGAUUGUACAGACGGAUCCAAAAAGAUGGAGGCCUUCGUUUGCAGAGUCGAGAGAAGCUUUUAUUGUGCACGUAACAGGUCUGGCUGAAAUCGACACGAAAGUUGAACGAUACAUCAACAGAUAUAAGGACAAGGUGCUUCCUCAGCAACCACUGAUAAUCGUCGUUGGGCCUGAUAUUACUCAGCUCACGGAAUAUCUAGUAUACUUCGGAGAUACAUAUUAUCGUUUUAACACGUUUCUCAAAGCUCUGGACAUCUGCUUUAAAAUUUUCAAGGUGUACAAUCUAUCAUUUCCACCAGAAGCAUCAGGGCCAUGGAAUUUGAUUGCCCAUUCGUUAUAUUCCUUUAAUGUAGAUGAAAGUAACAUCCAUUACACAAAAAUUUCUCGUAUUCAAACCUACCUUAAUUCCAAAUGAUUUCGUGUAUAGUUGAAAAAUGUACGUGGAACGGCCAGUCGCCGGACCUGUUAUAUGGACAUCUCAGAAGAAUGCCUACGCAAUUAGAUUGUUUCAAAUGUAAUGAGGCAGCAUGUGAUAGAACGUAUUCUCUUCUUGCGACAUUCCGUUUGCAUCACCGAAAGCAUUUCAUCCAACACCCAGCAUCUGAUGCAAAUAGAAGAAAACAGAAUGUACAAGAUCCUCAGCAGAAUAUUCAACUGAACCUAACUGAAACUCAAGAGCAAAAAAUAAAUGUUAAUGAUUCUACUACCGAUGAUAUGGUUAAAAGUUACCCAGAAGAAAAAUCUACAACGUUUGAUGUAGAUAACCUUUCAAAGAAAAUGAAAUUAUUAAACCUGGGAUUCACACUAAAGUGGCUCAGUAAAGAUAAUCUGCCACGUAAAAUUGCAUUUGCGAUACAUAAAGAUGUUGAAACGUAUUACAUUGAACCCUUUAGAACAGCACUAAAAGCAGCAUCAGCAGUUGAACAAAUUGGUAACUUAACAGAGCAAAUUUUGAACAAGAAAUUAACAAUUGGUGACGAGUCAGAAUAUAUGUUCAUUCAGCGAUUAAAACAAGAGGAUUUAUUCUGUGAUCCUACAGUUUUCACCAUUAACGAUGAGCUGAGAGCUGAAGUUUUUCAAAACACACAACUAAUGGUUCAAGAUAAAAUCCAAGGAGUUCUAAUGCCUCUCAAGUUCCUGCUGAGAAAGUACUUAGAAUCACCAGGGUUGUUCGACAGUGUAGUACAGAAUCUAGCUCCAUCGAAGGACGGUAUAUAUCGAUCAUUGGUAGACGGUCAAGUUUGGCAACGACGGAAGGAAUUAUUUGGAGAUAAAUUACUGAUACCACUUAACAUAUACUUUGAAGAUUUUAACACAAGCGAUACAUCAUCGAUCCAUGCAGCAUCGACAUCAAUCUGUGGAAUAUAUUUCAACAUACCAUGUAUUCCUAUCUAUUUAUUGACUAAACUGAAUAAUGUUUUAAUUGCUGGAUUUAUAAAGACGGUCGAUAGAAAAUGCAAUGACAAUGAUAAAACAUUUCAUAAGCUGAUUGAUAUCCUAAUUGAGUUAGAGACCCAUGGUUUAGAUAUUGUUAUAGGAAAUGUAGAGAAAAAAGUAUGUUUUGCUUUAGGUUUUGUUCUCGGUGAUAAUUUAGGAAUUAACGGUAUUACAGGAUUCGUAGAAUCCUUUCGAGCAACAUAUUUUUGUAGAGUAUGUAAACGAACGCGAGAGCAAACAGAAAACGACAGUGUGGAACAGGUCAGCAGCCUUCGAAAAGCUCGGAAUUACGAAUUCGAUCUUUCCCUUAAAAAUGUGUCUACAACAGGAUUGAAAGAAGAGUGUAUAUUUAAUAGAUUAUCAUAUUUUCACGUUUGUGACAAUUUUGUGUUCGACGCAAUGCAUGAUAUGCUAGAAGGCAUGCUUGUGUACAACCUUCAGCAUUGUUUGUAUUAUUUUGUAUUCAAAACACUUUUUCUGACCGUUAAUGAUCUGAAUCGCCGUAAAAAUAUGUUUGUUUAUGGAGAUUUGAAUUCAAGCAAUAUUCUUAAUGAUUUUGUAGAGAAUAAGAUUAAAAAAAGGCAUAUAAAAAUGACUGCUAGUGAAAUGAAAACGUUUUGGACAUUCCUACCGUUGAUAAUUGGCUCGAUAAUACCAAAUGAUGAUCCAGUGUGGAAUUUUAUAAAAACGACACUUAAACUUAUGCAUAUAAUUUUUUUUGAUAGAUGUAUCUGAUGAGUUGAUUGAUGAAUUGAAAAUGCUAGUUCAAUGCCACCAUAAUCAAUAUUUAUCAUUGUUUGAAGAUUCCCUCAAACCAAAAUUUCACUUUCUUACACACUACGCUACAGCAAUAAAGAAAUCAGGAUCUAUUCGCCGUAAUUGGGCCAUGAGAUUUGAAGCUAAGCACCGCGAACCAAAAGGAUAUAGUAAAGUGAAUAACAAUAAAAAAAAUUUCUGCUAUACAUUGGCAAUUAAAGCUAGUUUAAAAUUUGCCUAUAAUGUUUUGAAUAAUGAUUUUUUCUGCGAUAAAUUAGAGACAGGUGAUUUAAUAACUAAAAAGCUUCCCGAUGAAUAUACUUUCUGCUUAAAAAAAAAUCCACUAUGUGAUUGAUCCUGAAUCAGUGAUCUUUGCAAAAAAAAUUUCCAAGGAAGGAUCCGUUUAUUCAAAAGACUGUAUUUUCUAUAUACAACAGAAACAUACUAUCAAUAUCUAUAAAUGCCGAGAUAUAGUGAUUGGUCUUCAAAAUAUGAUGAUAAUUUUUGGACAAAAAUAUGAAUCAAUCAAUUAUAAUGACCAAUUACAAUCUUAUGAAUUAAAGUUAAACGAUAAUUUGACCGUUCUUAAUAAUUUGUUAGAAGUCCACACCGAACCAGUGAAUUUACAUUGUUUGGAGAACAAAAUGUUUCUGCGGAUGCCCAACUAUUAUGAUUGUAAUACCGAUAUUGAAAAAUCAAUUGUU